GAGCGAAGGUCUAGUUUUCCUUCAUCAUACAAAUCAUUUAUUUACUUCUUUUCUUGGUGCCAUUGUCUUAAAAUGACAAGCGCACUCCCAGCCCUGGCUAUUCCAGGCCAACGCCUGGGCUCAGUGACCUCCUACUCGGCCGGUCCAGGCACACACGUACAACAAUCCAAUGUCUACGCCUCCAUCGCCGGCCCAGUCGUCGUCGAACCGGCGCAACCAGGCUCCAAAGGCAAGGCUACUCUAAGCGUCUCUCGCUCGAUCAGAGCUCCCGGAACAGGCAAUGCUCCCAAACCCGUGACCACAGCACCCGGCGCCAAGUCAGCGGCAUCUUCCUCUGCUCCCAAGCCCAAACUGAAAUAUAACACCCUCCCCGCAGUCGACUCAGUGGUGCUGGCGCGCGUGACGAGGGUCCAGAAACGUCAGGCUACGGUGUCUAUCCUCGUUGUGUUGGAUGAAUCCGGCAGCACCCAGGGUGUCAACCCCUCACAGACGACGUCCGAUAACGACAACAUUGAGGCGAUUCUCUCCUCCGCCGCCAAUCCCGAGAACCAUAGCAGUUCCGACGAGCUCCGCUUCCAGGCUCUUAUCCGGAAGGAAGAUGUGCGCGCUGUUGAGAAAGACCGCGUCGUUAUGGACGAGAUGUUCCGCGUUGGUGAUAUCGUUCGUGGAACCGUGAUUUCCCUCGGUGACCAGAGUUUCUACUACUUGACGACUGCGCGCAACGAUCUUGGCGUUGUUAUGGCUCGUAGUGAAGCAGGAAAUAUGAUGUUCCCCGUUAGCUGGAAGGAAAUGAGGGAUUCUGUCACCGGUCAGGCGGAGUUGAGGAAGGUGGCGAGACCGUUUUGAUGAGGUUGAUCCAGUUGGGGUGGCAUUUGUCGGUUGGCUUUACUGAUGCUUCUUGCCCCCCUCAUUUUCUUAUCAUUACAGGGCUAAGAAAGGCUCUUAUGUGGCGUCUCUUUCUCGGUACUUCGGAGAGUCGCGUGCCGGCGCAGAGGGCUGGAGAGAUCCGUUGGCCCCUCUCUCUUCCAGAAGAACUGUGCCGCUUCCUGCUCGGAACUGUCUUAGACAGACUAUACGACUAGAGUUGAGAUGCUCUGGACAUUUCUCACGGAGCACACGCUCCAUCAUCUUGCAUACUACUGCUGUACAUAUUAGAAGUAUUGGUCUACCAGUGCUUUGUGCUUCACAUUCAACGAUGUGUAAUGAGUUACGAACAAGCUAAUUCAAGAGAAUACAAUAGCUCUUUGAUCAUCUA